CUCCAAGCUCCCUUGCUGAUGCUGCAGGGCACCUGGCUGUUUAUGGGAGGGGAAGGAAGUCCUUCCUCCUCCGGGAACCCUCCGCAUCCUGCAGAGCCCUCUGGCUGCCCUGCCAUCCUGGUCUGUCCUGUGAGCUGACCCCAGACAUGCAGCCCCUGGCUUGCAUCUGAAGGAGGCCAGUGAUCACUCUGGGGCCUGAUGAUGAAGCUGAGCCCACUGUGCUGGCCUCUGUCUUGCCUCUUUUUGCUGCUGUCCUGGGCUCUGGCCACUCCAACAUCAACGACUCUUUGGCAGUGCCCACCUGGGGAGGAGCCUGAGCUGGACCCGGGCCAGGGCACACCAUGCAGGUCCUGCCCCCCGGGCACCUUCUCAGCCUCCUGGGACUCCAGCCCAUGUCAGCCCCAUGACCGCUGCAGCCUUCGAAAGCGGUUGGAGGCCCAGGCAGGCACCACGACUCAGGAUACUUUAUGUGGAGGCUGCCAGCCUGGAUGGUUUGAGCCUGGGGGGGUCCCCCCUGUUCCAUGUCAACCAUGUUCCUGGGCACCUCUGAGUAUUCAUGGCUGUGAUGAGUGGGGGCGGCGGGCUCGACGUGGUGUGGAGGUGGCGGCAGGAAGUGGUGGUGCCAGCAGCAGUGAGACGAGGCAGCCUGGAAACGGCACACGAGCAGGUGGCCCCGAAGAGACGGCUACCCAGUACGCGGUGAUUGCCAUUGUGCCUGUCUUCUGCCUCAUGGGGCUGCUGGGCAUCUUGGUGUGCAACCUGCUCAAGCGGAAGGGCUACCACUGCACGGCCCACAAGGAGGUUGGACCCACCCCCGGCAGUGGAAGCAACGGGAUCAACCCUGCCUACAGGACUGACGACGCCAAUGAGGACACUAUCGGCGUCCUGGUGCGCCUGAUCACAGAGAAGAAGGAGAAUGCGGCAGCCUUGGAGGAGCUGCUGAAAGAAUACCACAGCAAACAGCUGGUGCAGACGAGCCACAAGCCUGUGCCCAGGCUGCCACCGGCCUCCCCCAGUGUGCCACACAUCUGCCCACAUCGCCACCACCUCCACACUGUGCAGGGCCUGGCCUCACUUUCUGGCCCCUGUUGUUCCCGAUGUAGCCAGAAGAAGUGGCCUGAAGUGCUGCUGUCCCCUGAGGCUGCGGCUGCCUCCACUCCAGCUCCCAGCCUCCUGCCUAACCUGGCCAGAGCUCCCAAGGCCGGGGCCAAGGCAGGACGUCAGGGCGAGAUCACCAUCUUGUCUGUGGGCAGGUUCCGUGUGGCUCGAAUUCCUGAGCAGAGGACAAGUUUAGUGGCACCUGAAGUGAAGACCAUCACAGAGGCUGGGCUGUCUGUAGGUGAUCUCCCUGACUCCCCACAACCUGGACUCCUACCUGAGCAGCGGGCACUGCUGGGAAGUGGUGAAAACCACACUAAGUGGCUGAAGCCCCCAGCAGAGAACAAGGUCGAGGAGAACCGCUAUGUGGUCCGGCUCAGUGAGAGCAACCUGGUCAUCUGAGGGACUGUCUAGUCUGAGGACUCUCAGCCUUGCCCUGGGAGGUCCCCAAGACUUCCUGGAGGAGGCAGAGCUGCAGCUGGGACUGUGAGGACCAAGAAGCAAUGACCCAGUAGACACAACAGCAAAGGUCACAGCCUGGUGGUGGGACCGCCCACCCCAGUGAGGAGGCAGGCAGUCGUCGCGUGCCGUGUGCAGAUCAAGAGCCUUGUCCCUGUCCCUGUUGCUCCAGUCCCUCGCCUGCAGGAUGCCCUAACCCUGUGCCUGCCCGGGCCACAUCCUAGGAGCCCACUGUACCACCAGGAGUCUUGGCUUGGUGGAAAGGUGGCACCCAUACCUGGUGCCCUAGCACCACCACUUGGUGACUGGCCACCCCUGCCCGUGUCCAGGGCCCUAGAGCAGAUGUGCCUCCCUCCUCUUCCGGCAGGUCCUGUGAAGGGAAAGGACAACAAAAAGCCCUGGGCUAGGAGACUGAGUUCCUGGGUUCUAAUCCUGGGCAUGUCCCUGGCCAUCACUGAGCCCAGUUUUCUUGACUGUGAAGUGGGGAGAAAACAUCUCAGGACCCAGGGCUCCUUGCAAGUUCUGGGCUGGGUCCUGCUGGGGGAGAGCUUGACUCUGCCACCCCUCCUCUUAGUAGCUUUAUCUGGCCCAUUUUUGCUGCUUUCUGCCUUCAAGGCUCCCAUGGGGCUGUCCAUCCAUGGCUCUGCCUACAGAUGGGGCUGAAUGCAUGUGCCUGCCCCCACCUGCUGUUUUUAACGAAACUGAAAAACUGACUUGACUUGGGCUAGGCUGUGGCAGAACCCUGCCUGCCGUGCUCCCCCAAGGUCCCCAGAGCUUCCGGGAGAGCACUGGUAGGGCUGGUGAGUGCCUCUAGCCUCAGUGGUUUCCAUUUCCCUGUGGCAGUGUGUCUCCAGAGCCUGGAUAAUGUAGGGGACUGCAGCCCAGCUCCGUCUGUCUACUCUGCCUCAGCCACCUGGUUAUUUAUGUGGGGCCGUGCAGGCACGGACCACUGCCCACUCCCAUUUAUUUAUUAAACUUCCAGUUGUCCUGCCCUUGCAUCUCCAUCCCCAUCCACUUGUUGAAUAAUAAAAGGUGGGAAAAUGGUGUCAUGAGGAGCUUCUUUUUCCUGUGCCCCUUCCCAAGCCCCGUCUGGUCAGCGUGUACCACCUGGGCCCUGUUCUGCCCGGCUGGAUGCUGCAUACACUGUUCCUCCCCAGUGCCUGGGGGACACUGGCCAGGGGAGGCCCCUCUCCCCAUCUGGUUUCCACUGAAGUCUGGAGAGGCAGGUCUGGCCAAGAAUAUGACUUGUGAACCAACCUCACAGGUGAU